GUUCAGGAUUCACGUCCGACCCAGUAAUAACGGAAAAAACGGAGGGAGAGAGGGCGGGAAGGAGAGAGGGGUCUGCUAGGGUUUCUCUCUGGGGCAUACACAAAUGCAUUUGACUCUCGAAUUUGGUGGUGGUUUGGAGCUUCUUUGUGCUUCUGUCAAGAAGCAUCAUGUUGAUGUUAACUUGAAAACUGGCGAGGACCAGUUAACAAUGAGAGAUUUACUCUCAUGGGUCCGCAGCAAUGUGAUCAAGCAGAGACCUGAAAUGUUCAUGAAGGGAGAAACUGUGAGACCUGGCAUCUUGGUGCUGAUCAAUGACUGCGAUUGGGAACUCUCUGGUCAGCUUGAUGCAUCUUUGUCAGAAAAGGAUGAGGUAGUUUUCAUCUCAACCUUACAUGGGGGUUAGUUUUGGCAGCGGUAUUAUAGCUUGCUAAAGAAGUGCAUCAGGAGCCAUCUGAAAAAGAUCGAGUGGUUGUUAGGGGAAUGAAACAAAAGCUAGGGUAUAUAUCUACUUCAAUAUGCUCUACUCUUUCUCUAUAAUUCAACUAUCCUAAUGGAUAGAGCAUGUUUUUGUGGUCGAUUGGUAGUUGGCCAAGAGGUAACCUGGGAGGGAUGAUUAACUGGAAUGGCUUGAACUAUAAUGUGCAGUUCCAAAAUGCUUCCUGGGCUGCAGCUUGGUGCUCAUAACCUUUUUCAUCUUAUAUUUCCUUUUGGUCGACGUUGCAUCUUCUAGCCUUUCCUGUGCUAAAAUUUGUUAAAUUGUAUGCACAUCAGUGCUCCGUUAAGAUCAGCAACUCUUCAACUGUUAUAUUUGUCAAUGCAGAAAAUAUUAUAAUAUUUUAACUGCCAA